AUGAGCCAAAUAUGGUUGGAUCGUCGAUUGCGUUAUACACAUUUAGGAAAUUGUAUUGAAAAUAUGACAUUAAGUUCGGUAAUUGUUGAAAGAUUUUGGCAGCCGUUUGUUUGCUUUGUGAACAGCAAAAAAUCGGAACUUCAUGUUUCCCCAUCUCCAAAUACUUUUGUCUUAAUAUAUCCAAAUGGAACUGUUUGGAUGAACUACCGUCUUAGGGUUGAAGGCCCUUGUUACGUUGAUUUAUGGCUUUAUCCCUUUAACGAAGAAGAAUGUGAACUAGUCCUUGAAAGCUAUGCUUAUAAUGCUGCUAACGUUCGUUUAAUGUGGCGUGAUUGGAAUCCUUUAACAGUAAAUUUUUUGUUGACUCGCCAAUUUGGUGUUUAUUUAUUUCAAAUGUAUUUUCCUGCCCAAACAGCUGUAGCUAUGAGUUGGAUUCCAUUUUUUCUUGACUAUCGUAGUUUGCCUGCAAGAAUAACUUUAUCAGUUUCUGCAUUAAUGAGUAUUACAUUUCAAUAUGGAAAUAUACUUAAGUCUCUUCCGAGAGUUAGUUAUGUAAUGUCAGUAGAUGUUUGGAUAUUUGGAAGUAUUGCAUUUAUUGCCUCUUCAUUAAUAGAACUUGCGAUUGUUGGACAUUUACAUAGAAAAUAUCGGUCACGGCAUUUUAGGAGAAAAUCAACAUUAUUAUUUGAACAAGAACAAGAUAUGUUACAUAGUAUAUCCCAAAGUGAUGCAGCAAUAAAUAUUUCUAUGGUUAUUUAUUUAAAUUUUAAAAGGAUAUGA